AUGUCAAAGGUUUUAGAAGUUUGUGUUGACAGUAUUGAGUCGGCUGAAAAUGCGAUUACCGGUGGAGCCGACCGGCUUGAGUUGUGCUCUUCUCUCAUAGAGGGCGGUUUGACUCCCACUCCUGGCCUACUCAUUCAAAUUCAAAAUAUGAAUUCCAGAAAUAUUCCUGUUUACUGUCUACUGCGAUGCCGGCCCGGCAAUUUUAUUUAUAAAUUGGAGGAAAUAGAGGUUAUGAAAGAAGAUGCUAGGAUUUUGAGAAAGCAUGGCGCUGACGGAUUUGUUUUUGGAGCUCUAACCGAAAACGGAGAAGUCAACAUGAAAUUUUGUCGCGAGAUAAUUAAAGUAUGCCAUCCUCUGCCGGUUACAUUCCACAGAGCAUUUGAUUUCUGUAAAAGGCCCACUAUUGAGGUUGAGGUGAUCAUUGACUUGGGUUUCCAAAGAAUUCUUACGAGUGGCAAACAAAAGACGGCUCAGAUGGGGGUGAAGCUGAUUAAAAAAUUGUUGGAACAAGUUGGAAACAGGAUCAUCAUUAUGCCUGGAGGAGGAGUUAAUAAGGAUAACGUAAAAUUCGUAGUCGAUAACACAGGAGUAAGCGAAAUCCAUGGUUCUUUCAAGGUUGUCAAAGAAGAAGCACCGAGUGAUUCAAAAUCUGAAGAGGAAAGUGAAAUUACUAUCGGAGACGGGCCCUUGUACGUAACUGAUGAGACUGCUGUUGCAGAAAUCGUAAACAUUUUAAAGACUGUUUAA